CCCUUCUCUCACCGGACCUCACAUUUACUACUUUCCGGCCAUUUUUCUUUUUUUCAUCUUUUUUUUUUUCACCGUCUUUUUACCUCACUUAGCCUUCCUCGGAUGAUAUUGUCAGAGGGAUUAAGUUGGCGGUUCUAGAUCAGUAGAUCUUUUGUUGGUCUGUUUAUUUUUGCUUCCCAACUGCCAUCAUGCAAGUUGCCGUUAAGGAUCAACGUGAUAGAUACAGACCAGACUUCUCCCUUAAGGAACACGUUGGAAAAUCAAUUCUCAAAGCUGAUAAGCAAGUCACCUGCCUUGAAGAUAAUGGAUCAAUAAUAUGCACAAGUCAAACUAAAACUAUUGAAAGUCUUCUUCCUGACGAGGAAGAUCUCUUCUCCGGAGCACUUGCUGAGUUGGGAUUUACUGCUAUUGACAAUAAUGACGAUGAAGAUUUUGAUCUGUUCAGCAGUAGUGGAGGCAUGGAAUUAGAAGGGAAUUCCAAUAUAUAUUCUCAGCAAUGGACAUCUGUGACUGCUGAAGGCCUUAAUAGUGAUCAAAGCAGUUCAGACUGUUUAAUUUCCCGUGAACAACCUUCCAGAACACUUCUUGUGAAAAAUGUAGACAACAGAGUCGAGGAUUCAGAACUUAUGCGACUUUUUGAGCAACAUGGAGAUAUACAAUCUCUCUACACAACUUGUAGAUAUCAAGGUUUUGUGAUAAUUUCAUAUUAUGACACAAGGGCUGCUACUCUUGCGCUUAGUGCACUUCAAAAUAAGCCGUUGCAAAAUGAGAAGCUUCACAUACAAUAUUUGAAUCCAAAGGAUGGUACCUCAGGACAGUACAUUGAUCAGUCAAGCAUCGAGGUAUUUGGCUGUGAUUCUUCUGUGUCAAACAUUAAACUUCACCAAAUAUUUGCCAAUUUUGGAGAAAUCGAAGAGAUAUGUGGAACUACACAUCACAGACAUAUAAAAUACUACGAUAUUCGAGCUGCUGAAGCAGCUAUUAGUGGUUUAAAUAGUGGCAAUCUGUUGCAAGAUAGCAAACUUAAACUAAGCUAUCCGGCGCGUACGAAAAGCUUGGUUCAACAAGUUACUCAUGAGCUAGUGCAAGGUCAAUUUAGCUCGUGUCAAAGCCCUAGUGGCAACUCGUUACCACAAGUGGUGAAUAGCUGCAUGAUCGAUGGGUAUAUCUAUGGUGUACAAUCACCAAGUGAGAUGGCCAUCAAUGCAAAUUGCUGUAUAACAAAUAGCUUACCAUCUCCGGUUGGGAUGUCAUCUAUUUAUAAUCAAUUUGUCCACAAGCCUCAUUACCCUACAAAUCAAGCAAAGCUGCACAGCAAUUGCCCUAGUUUUCAUCCUCAAUCAUUACCCAUCAGCUGCAAAGGUUUUGUAAAUAAUGGUAUUAUCACCUAUGACCCAUUAAAUUUAGCAGCUGUCGGUGUUACAACAGAAACAGAUGAUAAGCACUAUCAUAUGCUCGGUGCAUAUGCCCUGCCAAUGGAACACAUGUUUGUGGGCUCUCCAAAAAUUACAAGGUCAGGGCUUGGUGGAUGUCAUCAUGCGUUGAGCUGCUCUAACUCUUUUCAGAACCAUCAUCUAAAUCAUGCAAUGUGGUCACGGUCUCCUCCAUUUGAUGAUGGUGUUUGUGCUCCUAGCACUCCCAGUCUUCCUGUAAGCCAUAAAUCUCCUAAAAGGGAUACUGUAGCUGCAUCACCAUUAUCUUUUGGUAGACCAAGAGGACGAGCAAGAAGAGUAUCCCAUGGCAGACAUGAAACUGUUUCCUGUCACACAGAUGAGAAAAAAUAUGAACUUGAUAUUGAACGUGUAUUGCGUGGGGAAGACUGCCGAACAACAUUAAUGAUUAAAAAUAUUCCAAAUAAGUAUAGCUCGGCAAUGCUGUUGGCUGCAAUAAAUGAACAUAACCAAGGCACCUAUGAUUUCAUUUAUCUGCCUCUUGAUUUCAAGAAUAAGUGCAAUAUGGGAUAUGCAUUUAUAAACAUGACUGACCCACUUCAGAUAGUAAGAUUUCAUAAGUCAAUAAAUGGUAGGAAAUGGGAGAAGUUCCAUAGUGGAAAAGUGGCAUGUCUUGCAUAUGCUCGAAUCCAGGGAAAGGCUGCCCUAAUUGCACACUUCCAAGAGUCAAGCUUGAUGAAUGAAGAUAAGUGUUGCCAUCCCAUUCUCUUUACCACAGAUGGCCCAAAUGCUGGCAGUCAGGAGCCUUUCCCCUUGGGUCCAAACAUCCCUUCAAGGCGACACAAGAACAAGUGCAAUAUGGCGGAAGUGUAUGAAAACCAAGAGAUGUCAUAUCACAUAAAGAACUCCAUAUGAAAUCUGGAAUUUUGUUUGUGGCUAAUUAUCCCUAACAUGUCAUUCAACUCAUUACCUCCUAAUCUGUUAUGCUAAAAGGGAACUAAGUUUGAUGAACUUCUAACACCAAAAAAGUAGGAAGUCAUUCUAUGUUGACAUCUUUGAAAGAAACAUCAUGAGUUUAAUCCACAAAAUCGUUUUAAUGCUA